GAAGAGGGAUCUUAGUUCAAGGUUAAUAUUACACUUACAGGUACUCGUAAAUUAUAAUUGGAUGUAAAAACGUGCUUUUCGAGUCCAGUUAAUGUAAUGUAUUUACUGCUCGAUGAAAAUAAUCACACUCAGUGUUACGUCAGGUAUACUGAUUUGAUGAGUAGUGUGAUUGGGCGUAAUUUUUUACGUUAGUUAGCGAGUUGUGGAGCUUAAUCUGAAAUUGCAACCAAUAGUACUUAGUAUAGUAAGGGUUUUAAAUCAAAGUUAAAGUGAGUGUGACAACGUAAAGUUUAAGUUUUCGGCAAUAAUAAUAUAGACACAAAGCUGUUAAAGUAUCUGUUUCUCCUCUCAAGAUGAUGGACUAUGUGAAGAGUUUAUUUAUAUGCAGGCUUUUGAUUUGCCUGUGUUUUGUGUUAAGUGGAGUUAUCCUGAACAGCAUACAGUUGUGCAUGUAUUGUGGCAUACGUCCAUUUAGUAAACACCUGUACAGAAAAGUCAACUACUAUCUAAUUUAUUCUUGUUGGGCUCAAGCAGUAGCCAUCACUGAAUGGUGGUCCCAGUCUCGUUGUUCUAUCUACUUUGCUAAUGAGGAGACAAAAGAAAAGUUUAGCACUGAGCAUGCUGUAGUUCUGAUGAAUCAUAAGUAUGAAGUUGAUUGGCUGAUGAGUUGGCUUGCUACUGACAAAUUUGGCAUUUUGGGAAGUGCAAAAACCUUUGCCAAACGCUCCUUAAAAAAAAUCCCCGUUAUUGGUUGGGGAUGGGUAUUUGCUGAGAUGGUAUUCCUCGAACGAAACUGGGAAAAGGAUUCACAGAGUUUGGGCCACAAACUAGAUGAAUUGGUAUCCUAUCAGGACCACAUAUUGUUGCUGGUGUUUGCUGAAGGUACAAGAUUUACAAAAGACAAAUACUUGGCAAGUUGUGAGUUUGCUGAAAAGAACAACCUUCCACACCUUAAAUAUCAUCUUUUACCUAGGACAAAAGGUUUCAUUUUUACUGCUCAACAUUUGAAAGGAAAAAUACCUGCAGUUUAUAAUGUACAGCUAGAGUUUCCACAAAAUGGCUCACCUCCAACAGUUUUCAGUAUCCUUAAAGGGAAAAGGAUUAAUGGUGACUUGUACGUGGAAAGAAUUCCUCUUAAUGAUAUUCCAACAAACUCUGAAGAGGCCUGUGCAGAUUGGUUGUACAAACUUUAUCAAAGAAAGGAUGAACUGACAGAUCAGUACAUGAAGACAGGAACAUUUCCUGGACAUAAAAUUGAACCAAAGCCUAGAAUUGCUACCUUAGUUAAUUGGGUCAUGUGGUCAGUGGUGGUAGGAACUAUGCUGAUGUACAUCAUAUGGAAGAUUUAUAUGUCAGGCAAUACCAGCAUUGUCAUGAUUGCCAGCACACUUAUUGUCUUUGCUUGUAGUCUCAUGUACUGGAUGAUUGGACAAACUAAGAUCAAGAAAAGUUCCUCCUAUGGUAAAGGUCACAAUCAUUCAAGCAAGACUGGAAAGAAUCAAGAAACCAUUUUGAGUUAUCAAAAGUUAGGGCUUAAUGGUCAUCCUGAGGAUUCAGUAAAAAAUUAUAAUGGGCACAUUCAGUAGAAAAUGGUAAUGAGCAUAGCUUUAAUGACAUUACUAAGAAAAGGAAGGAUCGGUUAACUUGAGAAUAUGUUUGUAUUGUUGAUAAAAGCACAUGAAUGUUUGGAGUUAAACUUUUUUUUUUUGCACAUAUUUGUGUUGUGACUGUUAAUUUACUAAAAAAUAAAUGAUUAAAAAAUUACCAGCGAUAAUGAAAAUAUUGUUUACAAUGAACUGAUUAUGAUAGUUAAUUUGAGCAUUCUUCAUAACAUACUUAUCUCAAACUCAUAAUUUUAGUGCUACACUUUUUUUUGGUGAGUAUUUAUGUCUGUUAAGGGAAAACCCUGAAGAGUUUUACUAAUUACUUGGGAAGAAGAAACAAGGCUUUGUAAAACAAGAGUUUUCAUGGUAACUGUAUAUAAACAUAAGAUAGGAAAAUUGUUUACAGUACACUUAAGUGUAAAAUUUGUUUAAGCUAGCAAAAAACUUAUGGUUUAGACAUGUUACCAUUGCAUUUUCACUUUCAGUAUGAAAGUAUGUUGGUAAGAGCUAGAGUUUUGUAUGUAGUUGUCACAUUAAACCCUAUGUUGAAGUAUGAAAGUACGUUGGUAAGAGCUAGAGUUUUGUAUGUAGUUGUCGCAUUAAACCCUAUGUUGAAGUAUGAAAGUACGUUGGUAAGAGCUAGAGUUUUGUGUGUAGUUGUCACAUUAAACCCUAUGUUGAAGUAUGAAAGUACGUUGGUAAGAGCUAGUUUUGUAUGUAGUUGUCACAUUAAACCCUAUGUUGAAGUAUGAAAGUAUGUUGGUAA